CCCCGCCAGCGCCAUCUCGAGCUAACCCCCCCACGACCACAUUCGUAAACAACUCCCUCUCUCGCAACUUCUCUCUCAGUAUCGCCAAUCAUGGCAACCGAAAACCAUGCCCCGGGUCUCGCCACCUUCGGCCAAAACGACGACUUCUGGCUCUUCGGCUACGGGAGUCUGAUUUGGAAACCCCCGCCGCACUUCGAUAAACGCGUACCCGGGUACAUUGAGGGGUAUGUGCGGCGGUUUUGGCAGGCAAGUGAGGAUCACCGCGGCACACCAGAAGCACCAGGCCGCGUGGUGACCCUAAUCGACCGCGCACACUGGGAAACACUGACGGAUCACCACGAGCCCACCGAGCGCGUCUGGGGCGCCGCCUACCACAUCCCGCGGGAGAAAGUCGCUGAAGUCCGCGAAUACCUCGACAUCCGCGAGAUCAACGGCUACUCUAUCCAAUUCACGCCCUUCAUCCCUUCUUCCGCGCCCAGCACGCCGAUACAAACGCUUGUGUACAUCGGUCUCCCCUCGAACCCCCAAUUCCUCGGGCCCCAAGACCCGGACGAACUCGCAGCCCACAUACUCAAGAGCCGCGGGCCGAGCGGGGAGAAUAGAGAGUAUUUGUUUCAGCUGGAGGAGGCACUGCGAGGGCUGGGAGAGGGCGCGAGGGAUGAGCACGUGCGGGAUUUGGUUGAAAGGUGUAGGGGGAUAGAAGCUAAGGAGGGGAGGAAGGAGGUAGAGGGUGAUGUGGUGGGCGAGAGGCUGAAGAAGGUGGGGAGUACGGAGGAGCAGGAGGAGGUUGAGAAGUAACUACUUGGCUUAUUUGGGCAGCGAAGCGUCAUACUGCACAAUAGCUGGAAGAAAUUAAGCCGACUCUAGCACACCUUAGCCUGGAGGCUCUCGUGGUGUGAUACAGUUGUGGAUGUGUUAUCUGAUAGUGAGUCCUGACAUUUUAUAGAGACACAUGGGUUUGAUGGGUACCUGCUGUGCUGCUGAGAAGGAGCUUUGCAUACUUGGAGAGACUAGAUGACGGCUUACUGGUGUGU